UUCAAAAACUGACACACAUCUGUCGCCAAACAGUCCAAAUAUACGCGUUAACCUGUUAAAUGUUCAAAUAGCUUCCAAUCCAAACGAAAUGUGAAAUUAUAAUGUUUUUGUUCGAUUCUGUCGUGUAAAAUUUCGCGUUGAAUAAAUUCAAAAUUUACUCGAUAUGACCUUCGUCAACGUCAGCUUCCGGGCCUUCCUCGACGAGUCCGCCAUGACGCCGCUGAGGCGGCGCUCCGAGGGCAGACUGAAGACCUAUCUAUCCACCGAAGACAUCAGAACCUGGAACCUAAGGGUGGAGGACAGAAGGAAGCAGAUCCUCGAUACCGUCAACCGUGAAGUAACUCAAUGUGAGGGUAAUUUGGCGAAAGACAUUCUAGGGUGCAUGCGAAACAAGCACAUGCAAGAAGUCAGAAGGUGUUGUAGAAUGAUGUGGAUGUGUGUGCAACAACUCAAUCUCAGCGAAGACGAUUUAUCCAAAAUCAAAUGUUUGGAACAUCAAUUAGGAGCUACGUUUCGACAGACUGUUAGUGGUUGUGCUUGUGGAGAUAAUGGUUUGUUGUGUCCUUGUCCUACAUGUAGCGAACCUGUUAAAUGCAGUUGUGGCAAAGCGACUUGUGAAUGUGGUAAAGAAAAGGAACCUCCAAAGCUAGAUGCUGCUGGAGGCAAAGGUGCCGCCAAGGGAGGUGCUAAAUCAGGCCAAGCUGGAACAUCAGGAGGUGCAGCCAAAGGAGGAGGUGCAGCCAAAGGAGGAGACAGCACCAAAGUUUGCGAAUGCGUUAAAGAUAAAACUGACGACAAACUUUGCGCUGAAGGUAAAGGUGGAAAAGGGAAAGGUAAAUCCGGUCAAGCAGGUAAAUCCGGUCAAGCAGGUCAAUCUAAAUCAUCAGGACCUCCUAAAGUAGAUAUUUGCACAUUGUACGAUAGCAUAAUUCCCAAUAAAGCGAAUAUCAUGCGCAAGAAACUAGCCUUAAGUGAUUCAGAGAAAAACGAGAAAGUACCAAUAGAUAUAUUACAGAGCAACAAUUUAUCAAACCAACAAAUUGCUAUUCGAGACAUCAACAACGAACAGACGAUAUUAGAAAAGCUGCUGUUUUUGCAAAACGUCGAUAAACUGAAACUAAUUAAAGACACCGGCGAAUUCGACGGUUCCGAGUUCGAAACCAUCAAAAAAGAACUGGAAACCCUCUCCGGAUAUUGCACGGACCUAAUAAAAAUCGAAGAAGAAAACCACAAGCUCAAAAAAGAACUGCAACUUAUGAAGCAAAAAUUCCUAAAAAUAACCAACGAUUCCGAAGGCGCCAAUUUCAGCACCGUCGUGGAAGAGCGCGAUAAUUUGAAGCAUCGAGUAAAGCAGCUGGAAGGGCAAUUGAAGCAGCAAAAAAUCCUAAUGGGAGACGUUGAAAUCUACAAGCAACGCUCGGCGAUGUUCAGCAGAGUCCUCGCCGAACGGGACGAAUUGCUGAAGAGCCUGCAGCGCACGGACGAGCUGCAAAAGGAAGUGGACCGGCUGCGGUUGAACUCCAAUCGCAUCGGCGAGCUGGAGAGCGAAUUGAAAGCCCUAAAGAACGACAGAACCACCCAGUUCGACGUCCAACGACUCAGAACCGAAUGCAACUGCCUGAAGAAGGAGGUGGCGAAUUUGAAAUCGGAAAGGGACGCGCUGGAAAAACGAGUCGAUUGCCUCAACAACGACAAGAACUUCCUGGCCUCCAAAACGAAGGAGGCGGAAAUACUGAAAACGGAGCGGGACAAAUUGCAAAUAUCUCUCAGCGAAUUGCCCCACUUGAAAACCCACAACGAAAACCUGCGGUUGAAGUGCGAGAAACUGCAAGGCGAUUUGAAGGAAUACAAGGAGUACAAACACAAAUACGAGGAAAUGCUCGUCAUGCAAAGGGAGUGCCAAAUGUGGAAGUCCAAGCUGGAGGAGAGCGAAAUGGUGAAGAAGGAAUGCGAAUGCCUGAAAACGCAGGUGGACGAUUUGGAGAACGUUAUUGUGGAUCAAGAAAACGAAAUUAAAAAGCAAUUGUGUCAUUUUGAGCAAAUUAUCAUCCACAAAGGUAAAUCCCAGACGCGUUUGCGAGACGCCCUAAACAACAUGAGAAUCGAAUUGGAGCAGAAAAACCACUUGAUCGCCAUAUUCGAAGAGAGACUCGCGAAGGUCGAGGAAGAAUUGGAAAGCUCCAUACAGGGCGUUUGCUGCGAAAGGAUGUGCUAUCAAACGCGCUUGGAGAAAGUACAAGCUGAAUUACACAAAGCUAAUAAAACCAUAGAAUCCUUAGAAGAAAAGUUGAACAAAACUAAGAUAACCAAGCACGAAGAGGAGAAGAAAAUACUUGAAAUAAUCAGAAACGAGCUGGAUGAUUUACGCUUGGAAAACGACAAACUAAUGAACAUCAAAAUGCACCUGGGUCCAUUCGAAGGCGACCAGCACUUGAGGAACAUGCUGAUCCACUCGGAGUCGGCCAUCAAGAAGGUCCUCAAGGAACUGUCGAAGCAAUACAAGGACUGGGACAGGUGCAAGUCGCGGGGCAAGAUGAGAGGUCGGUCGUUGAAGCGCAGCGAAACGAAGUAUUUCGAAUUGACGGAGAAUAAUAAAACUCACAAAGCCUGCGGCCCGAAUCCGCGCCACAGGAGCAAAUCCGCAGCGAACGUGUAAGAUGGUAGCAAACGAAAAAAAUGUAGAAGAAAAUAAACUGAGUACCAC